GUAAAGCAGUGGAACAUUCUCACCGGAGACAAGGUCGCAAUUAUUGCUGGCCGCGACAAGGAUACAAUUGGCGAGAUUAAGUCAGUCAAUCGUGAAACAAACACUGUGAUUGUCGAGGGCAAGAAGCUGGCUAAGAAGCAUGUACCUCACCAACCCGGUGCCCCUGAUGGCAUCAUGCGCAAGGAACAGCCCAUUCACCUUUCCAAUGUCAUGCUGUUGCACCCUGACACC